AUAUAGUGAAUGCAGGGUCCGGGGAGACCGGAUAUAGUGAAUGUGGGGUCCGGGGAGAGCGGAUGUAGUGAAUGCAGGGUCCGGGGAGAGCAGAUAUAGUGAAUGCAGGGUCCGGGGAGAGCGGAUGUAGUGAAUGCAGGGUCCGGGGAGACCGGAUAUAGUGAAUGCAGGGUCCAGGGAGAGCGGAUAUAGUGAAUGCAGGGUCCAGGGAAAGCGGAUAUAGUGAAUGCGGAGGUCCUGGGAGACCGAAUAUAGUGAAUGCAGGGUCCGGGGAGAGCAGAUAUAGUGAAUGCAGGGUCCGGGGAGACCAGAUAUAGUGAAUGCAGGGUCCGGG